GAUAUGGCUGCUGCCAGCUGUCUGCUGUCUGAAGAUCAGUUCCUGUGCUGCAUCUGUCUGGAUGUGUUCACUGAUCCUGUCACCAUACCAUGUGGACACAACUUCUGCAAAAACUGCAUCACUGAACACUGGAAUGUCAAUGUCGCAUGGAAGUGUCCCAUGUGUAAAGAGGUUUUUACCACAAGACCUGAGCUGCACAUCAACACUUUCAUCUCUGAGAUGGUUGCUCAGUUCAGACAGUCAGCUCUGCAGGAAGCCUGCAGCAGCAGCAGCUCAGAGAAACAAGUGUCCAAACCAGGAGAUGUUCCCUGUGACGUCUGCACUGGAACCAAACUGAAGGCCCUGAAGUCCUGCCUGGUGUGUCUGGUCUCCUACUGUGAGACUCACCUGGAGCCUCAUCUGACAGCUUCAGGCCUGAAAAGACAUCAGCUGAUCGACCCUGUGGAGAACCUGGAAGGCAGGAUGUGUACGAAGCACGAUAAACCUCUGGAGCUGUUCUGUAAGACCGACCAGACAUGUGUCUGCAUGCUCUGCACUGUUUUAGACCACAAAAUGCACAAUACUGUUCCUCUGAAGGAAGGAUAUGAAGGAAAAAAGGCAGAGUUGGAGGCUGAAAUUCAGCAGAUGAUCCAGAAGAGACGACUGAAGAUUGAGGAGAUCAAACAGUCGGUUGGCCUCAGUGAGGAAGAUGCAGACAGAGAGAUAGCAGAAGGUGUUGAGAUCUUCACUUCUCUGAAGGAGUCUGUUGACAGAGGCCUGAAGGAGCUCAUCGACACCAUCGAAGAGAAGCAGAGAACAACAGAGCAACAGGCUGAAGGCUUCAUCAAAGAGCUGGAACAGGACAUCUCUGAGCUGAUCAAGAGAAGGACUGAGGUGGAGCAGCUCUCACGCUCUGAAGACCACCUCCAUCUUCUCCAGAGUGUCCAGUGCCUGAAUGGUGCCCCACCUAUGAAGGACUGGACAGAGGUCAGCAUCCAUCCACAAUAUGAUGGGACCAUAAGGAGAGCUGUGAAUCAGCUGGAGGAGAAACUCAGUAAAGAGAUGAAGAAGCUGCUUGAAGCUGAGCUGAAGAGGGUCCAGCAGUAUGCCAUAAAUGUGACUCUUGAUCCUGAUACAGCACAUCCUACGCUCAUCCUGUCUGAUGAUGGGAAACAAUUGAAUCCCGGUGAUAUACAGAAGAAUCUCCCAAACAACCCAGAGAGAUUUUCUCUCAACCCCUGUGUUUUAGGAAAGCAGAGUUUCUCUUCAGGCAGAUUUUACUUUGAGGUUCAGGUUAAUGGAAAGACUGAAUGGGAUCUAGGAGUGGCCAGAGAGUCAAUCAACAGGAAACAAGACAUCCCACUGAGCCCUGAUGAGGGUUACUGGACUAUAUGGUUGAGGAGAAGAAUUAAGUACAAAGCUCUGACUGAUCCUCCAGUCCGUCUCUCUCUGAAGUCUCGGCCUCAGAAGGUGGGGGUGUUUGUGGAUUAUGAGGAGGGUCUGGUCUCCUUUUAUGACGUAGAUGCUGCAGUUCUUAUCUACUCCUUUACUGGCUGCUGCUUCAGUGAGAAACUCUUUCCAUACUUCAACCCUGGUCUGAAUGAUGGUGGUAAAAACUCUGCCCCUCUGAUCAUCUCUCCUGUCAAUCAUAUUGAGUGGACUGAUCAUUUUUAG